AUGGCUAGCAACUUAAGUGCAGAGUUGAAUAGAAGCAGUAAGAGCUUAUGUUCUACGUGUUUCAGAAGAAGGGCAAGUUGUUACCACCUUGCACAAGUGGAUGCUAGAUUGGACUCUGAUGGACAGACAACACGUAGGAUUGCCAGUUUAUUAAUGAAGCAUAAUUACAAAAAUUACCUGGUUUUCAUCAAUCAUUGUCCUUAUGUCAGAGGAAACUCCAGCUGCUACGAAGUUGUGCCUACAGAGGAAUCUGUUCCUACUUGGAGAACCAUAGAGAACAAUGUUUCAGACCUCUAUCUUGAAGGAAAUGUCCACCAAUCUCUGCAGAAUGCAACUGAAAACCAAUUGGUGCAACCUACUGUUUUCCCACAAAAAGGAGGAAAAGGCAGGAAGAAGCUCCGACUGUUUGAAUACCUUUACGAAUCCCUGUGUAAUCCUGAGAUGGCAUCCUGUAUUCAGUGGGUCGAUAAAAACAAAGGCAUCUUUCAAUUUGUAUCAAAAAACAAAGAAAAACUGGCUGAACUCUGGGGAAAAAGAAAAGGUAACCGGAAGACCAUGACUUACCAGAAAAUGGCAAGAGCACUGAGGAAUUAUGGGAGAACUGGGGAAAUCACCAAAAUCCGGAGAAAACUAACUUACCAAUUCAGUGAGGCAAUUCUCCAAAGACUCUCUCCAUCUUAUAUCUUGGGGAAAGAGAUUUGCUACUCACAGUACCUUCAGUCUGAUCGGGAAUAUCUCAGUUUAAAUGCCUGGAAUGCAAAUCACAACUAUACAUAUGCCAAUUACUAUGAGUUAAGUUUCCCAGAUUGCUAAGUAACACCCUCCCAUUUCUUGGUAUCCUGGUUUUGAAAUUUCUACAAGCUUCAGGAUUUUUCUUGCAAAGCAAAUACAGUCAGCUCUCCAUAUCCACAGCCAGUCAGGAAUAACAAACGUUUGAAAACAAAUUGCAUCUCUUCUAAACUUCUUGUCAUUAUUCCCUAAACAACACAAUGUAACAAUUUACAUAGCAUUUACACUGAGUUAGGCAUUAAAAGUAGUCUAGACAGCUCCUGCAU